GGGCGGCCAGACCUGUAUAUAUAGGGGGAAGGCAUCCCCCUUGGGUUCCAUCGCCCACAACUCACACAUCCGAGGCUACAAGUGCAAGUGCAGCAUCGCAACAACCAAGUUGAAGGCCCGAUGGCUUGGGCGCCUUCUUGCAGCUGUACUACCGGGAUGAUGAUGGCCACUACGUUCAGUCGGUGCGCCCCGCCGGCGAUGGGAGCAAGGCGGACCUCACCUACCACCGUGCACCUCCGGCCAUCUCCGGCGUCGCCGACCUCAUGGAGCAAGACAGCCGUUGGGGACAGGGCGCUCGUGAGUACGACUACCAAGAGGAGGACGGUGCCCCCGGCUUGUAACAACAAGCCGGGGCCGUCCGGGCAAGCCCCGACGAGCAAGAAGGACCUAUCGUUCGACAUAAACUUGACGGCUGAGGACGACGACCAUUUCAAGAAGAACUUCUUGGAGCCCAUGCGCGAUAGGCUGAGCGACCCGGAAGGCCCCACUGUGGACAUCUUGGAUCCAGACUCGGGAAAUGUCGUGCAUAUCCCUAGGCUCCCUCCGCAGGUAAGGGACAAUCCGGCCCCUGAGCUGAUGAACCUGACGCUCCACCUUGGUGAGGAAGCAAGGGUCACCCUGAGUGUGCAGACGGACAACCUCUACGUCGUCGGGUUCCGCAACGGCGAGGGCAAGGCGUUCGAGUUUACCCAUUACAAUCCGGACGGCACACCCAGAGAGGGGUACCGCAUGAUCCCAGGGUCCACCAACCUGGGAUACAGCGGAUCCUAUGCAGGAGGAAACGGGAUGGGUGGAUUAUCUCAGCAGCAGAAUAUUUUCGACCGUGAGACCAUCCGGGGGGCCAUCUGGGGCCUGGACAGUCAUGACGGAAAAGACAACCAACGUGCCAAAAAAUAUCUGCGCACACUGAUUGUCAACUUCAUCGAGUCUGUGAGGUUGGAGAUCAUCGCCAAGAGAGCCGCCAGCCAGAUGGGGAUCAACCCAUCACAAGCCAGCGAUGACCGGCAGCUCCAUGGGUGGGAGAUCCACUUGAUCCGCAACUGGGGCUAUCUAUCGGAAACCUCCUUGCUGCUACAGGGCAUCCACAACCUCGGUGCCCUGGUGCUCGGGAUGGUGCUAACUAAAACAGUAGUGGCCUCAACUCCUAAAAAGCGUCUCCGUCGCUCCGUCAAUGACGCCGGCCUCUACAACCGGGACAAGGAUAACUAUCAGGAGGUGGGCCCUGGUGGCAAGGCAGAUCUAGGCUGCCCACCCCGGCCCAUCUCCGGCGCCGACGACUUUGUCAUCGACGUCGACCUCAUGGACCACUACACCCUUUUCGGCUCGGACCGCAAGGUGGCGCUCGACCAGGUGGCCUGGAACUCACGGGAUACCUUAUCCGGCGACUACAACAACAUCCUCAAGGUCCCGGUCAGGGGUGAACACGGUAGGAUGGAGGUAUGGUACGCGGUGCUCACAAACGCCGUGAUGGACACUGUGAAGGUCGUCCUGCUGGACAGCGGCAACCGCUUUUUUAAUUCCAACGUCUACGGCCGCGUCAACGCAACAACCAAAUUGGCCUCCGGCGAGGAGCUGCCGUACACUCUGCUCAGCAAGCAGGCAAAUCAGUCCCACACGACGCGACACCACGAGUCCGUACCACUCCAGAGGAACCUCAUCUCGGCACAGCUCGGCGCAGAGCUUCAUAUCUCGGCCGACUUAUGGGACUACAACAAGCUUGUGUUCUCUGAUGAUCAGAUCGUGGUUGGCUCCGUAGUCUUCGUCCCGCGCCAUGCCGGAACGACCGAUAAAGCGGACAUCAACGGGCCCUGCGGCAAGGUCAGGGUCGAGGUCACUUGGUCUACCUCCUACUCCUAUAAAAGCAUGAAGGACGAAGAACCAAAAUCAUCUCCGCCAUUUAUCCAUGACGAUCUCUGAAGCGCUAUGUAUUUGUCUUAAUAUUUGAUCAAGGAUGAAACAAAUAUUGACUGUUGUAUGCGAUGAUACUAUGUAUUUGAGUCACCUAAUCAUAUCGUGGCAUAAACAAAAGAACAUGACGAUUACUCGUCGUU